GUUUUCGUAGGUGGCGGUGCAUAAGGGAACAAAGAUGGCCGCUCGUCUAAGCAGACGCGUUGUUCAAACGGAAGAUUUAUCAAACGUCGAAUUUGAGACAAGCGAAGAUGUUGAAGUUAUUCCGACAUUCGACGCUAUGGGUUUGAGGGAAGAUCUUUUAAGAGGAAUCUACGCUUACGGUUUUGAAAAACCCUCGGCCAUUCAACAGAGAUCUAUUAAACCAAUAAUUAAAGGAAGAGACGUAAUUGCACAGGCACAGUCUGGAACCGGUAAAACUGCUACUUUUUCAAUUGGUGUUUUGCAAACUAUUGACACCCAAGUCAGAGAAACGCAGGCUUUAAUUUUGUCUCCGACCAGAGAAUUAGCCACACAAGUACAGAAGGUUAUUUUGGCAUUGGGUGAUUACAUGAGUGUCCAGUGUCAUGCCUGUAUUGGAGGAACUAAUCUUGGAGAAGAUAUUCGUAAACUGGACUACGGACAGCAUGUCGUAUCUGGAACACCCGGAAGAGUUUUUGAUAUGAUAAGAAGAAGAAAUUUAAGAACCCGUUCCAUAAAGAUGCUAGUGUUGGAUGAAGCAGACGAAAUGCUGAACAAGGGUUUUAAGGAACAGAUAUAUGAUGUGUACAGAUAUCUUCCUCCCUGCACCCAAGUCGUGCUGAUAUCUGCCACCCUGCCCCACGAAAUACUAGAGAUGACGAGCAAAUUUAUGACCGACCCAAUUCGCAUUCUGGUCAAACGUGAUGAAUUGACACUAGAAGGAAUCAAGCAGUUCUUCGUUGCUGUGGAAAGAGAAGAAUGGAAAUUUGAUACCCUGUGUGAUCUCUACGAUACACUAACGAUAACUCAGGCAGUUAUAUUUUGUAAUACCAAACGAAAGGUGGAUUGGCUGACAGAGAAGAUGAGAGAGGCAAAUUUUACCGUGUCUUCGAUGCAUGGAGACAUGCCCCAAAAAGAGAGAGAUGCCAUCAUGAAAGAAUUCAGAUCCGGUCAAAGCCGUGUUCUGAUAACUACGGACGUUUGGGCCAGAGGCAUUGAUGUCCAACAGGUUUCCCUGGUGAUAAACUAUGAUCUUCCAAACAAUCGAGAAUUAUACAUUCACAGGUAAUUCAGCAAAUUUUUAACAUUUUGUAUUUAUCGUAA